AUGUCUCUACCUCAAUCUUUCAUCAGCAAGAAGAAGCUGAUAUUAAGCAAGCUUGCUGUUCCUACAGAUGAAUACGAUGACCUAUCUCCCAAAGGGUCCGUGGAUGAAGGCAUUCGAGAAUUAAUAGAUGAAAUAAAUUCUCUUGAAGGGUGUGUCACGACUAGUAGUUGUGCUGGGCGAGUGAGCGUAUUUUUGGAAGGGAAGAAGAAUUCUGACGAUGGAGUUAAAUCUCAAAUUCAAGACGAGGCUGGUAUGGAUGGUAUUCCGGAUGUGAGAGCUGAGAAAACUGCCGGGUUUGGUGGAAAGGGAGGGGGUGGGAAAUGGUUAUAUGUGUCUCACGACGCAAUUGAAGACGAGGCACUGAGCAGGCGAGAGAAUGAAGGAACUCUUUGUGAACUGCUGGGAAUGCGGGCGAAUAAUGCCGGUUCUAUGAUCCCUCUCCCGAAGAGCAACGAAAGAGAUUUACGGCAUAUUCAUUUUAAAUUUGAGCCCAUGAUCCUACAUGUCCUUACUGCAUCUUUGGAGCAAGCGCAAAAAGUGUUAUCAGCUGCACUACAAGCGGGUUUCCGAGAAAGUGGUGCAUUGAACCUGAUAUCUACCACAUCCGAGCCAGCAACUCCAAUGGUAGGAAUAAGAUGCAUGGGUCUGACGCUUGAAUCAUUAGUUGGUGUAUAUCACGAGGCUUUUGAUCAAGGAGUUUGCCUUGUCGAUAACGGGCAGUUAGGUACGUUGAUGAGAAUUUCUAAUGAGAGAUUUAAAGAGAACACGAAAAGGAUCGAGAGAUUCAGAGUGUUAUUGAACGAGGCAAUGAAUCCUGUGGAGAAGAAAAAGCUAGGAGAAAAUGGGGAGGAUUGGGAGGAUCCUCAGGCUAGAAAGGAGCGGAAGCGUGCGGAAGGGUUGAGGAGAGCCCAGGAACUGAAGGAAGCAAAAGUGAGGAGUGGGAUAUCUGAGAACCAGGACUCGGGAGAGCUUCCAGUGGACCCAACACCUGUAGAUUAUUGCGAGACUUGA